AUGUGGACAUUCAAUCCAUUGAUUCCCGGCAAUACGUACACUGAUAUAACAAAAAUGAUGUUUCAAGAGGUUGAAUCGGGGAAACCAAAAAGUUGGACUCUGAUUACAAUCGUGAUGCUAUUGACAAUGUUACUUAAUUUGGGCAUCAUCAUCAUUUUCCGAGUGUUACUGGAUUCAGAAGAUGAAAUAAACGAGCCACUCGUUCAGGGCGAGUUACGCGAUCGGAUGACGGCUUUUCUUGGCAUCUUCACGAUGACCUUUUUCUUCGGUUGUUGGUGUUGCUUUUGCUGUGGAGGACUUCUAUGCCAGGGACUCUGGUAUUGUCCUCGAUAUUGUUAUCGAGGGAUUACUCGAUUGUUAUUGAAUGGGAUAACGAUUCCCCGAUUUCGCGGUGGAGAUCGGAGUCAAACGGAAAACGAUAAGGUUCCAGAUCAAAUCCUAGAAGAAAUCGUGAUGAAUGCACGGGGUUUUACGCAGAAUCCAUCUUCCUCCUCAUUUGUACGAGAACCACGGGAUGUUCGGGCCUGGGAAAGAGCUCCUUCCUUCGAUCAAAUGGUUCAUCUAGAAGCUAUUGGUGAUAGAAAAAAUGGACCACAACGGCCACCACAGCGACAGAGAGCUUACUCGAUUGAUGUAGGAUUUGAG